AUGUCGUAUUUAGGUAAUUUGCCUGUUUUCGAUCACAAAACAAGUGAAUGGUCAAUAUUUUAUGGGAAAUUAACACAGUUCCUAAGGAUAAAUAAUGUGACAAAAGAAGAAAUUAAGAGUGGUAUCCUGCUUACUCAUCUCACCGAUGAAACCUACCGCUUAGUACGUAACUUAGCGUACCCUAACACGGUGGAAUCGUUAACUUACAACGAGCUAGUUCAAAUACUCAACAGCCAUUUCAAACCAAAGCAGUGCUCCUUCGUAGAUAAGGCCUACUUUUUUGGAGCGACUAGAAGUCCAGGAGAAUCACUGGGAGACUGGGCGGCGCGAUUAAGAGGACUUGCAAGCUAUUGCGAAUUUGGCGACGCCCUGGAAACGAAUCUGAGAGAUCGUUUUGUCCUAGGCCUGGGCUCUGGCCCGGAACGCGACAAGCUGUUCGAGCAGAACCCGACAACACUUACGCUAACUAAGGCGAUUGAAAUUGGGGGAACAAGCUGCUUGCGCAAGAGAGGUAAAGGUGAUGCUGAAUACGAGCGAUUUUGGGCUCAUCAGGGAUCAGCCUGUGUAUCGUGCAAAAAUUCACCAGUUCGCUCGGGGAAGCGGAGGUGA